AUGCCUCGUCCUCCACCCAACCCGAAGCGACAGCAAGGCGCUGCAAAUGUACGCGACACUAGGCAUGAUAAUGGACUUGUAGGUCCAGGCAAGAGGGUACCUCGACAGAAAAGUAAUGGACAUAUGAACGGACAUGCGAACUCCUCCGAAUCGAUUCCAUCAACAUCAACACCACCGCCUUUGACCCCACCACCUACAAAUGGUCUUGCGAAAUUACCUGGACACGCAGACAAUACAUCGGAAUAUAAGUCAGGAGGGGAUAUGGCGAGGAGGACUUCGGUUGAUGGACAUUCAGACUCCUCUCAAGAUGUCUAUAAUGUCCCCACUAUUUCUUUCCCACAAGAACAUCAUCGCCAUAUCAAUGUCAAUACUGCAAAGAACCCGUCAGUGCAUCGUGAUUCGGGUCCAUGGCAUUUUGCGAAGACUGUGUUGACAUCUUGCCCGAUCUCCGAUACACUCGCCAUUCUUAUUGUUCUUCUCCAGGUCCCGCCCGCUUUCUUGACGAUCAUCCAGUUACUGUUCGCCACUUUGACAUUCGUCCCUCCAUCUACGGCUGCUACUUCUGGAAUAAGCUUUAUAGAUAUGUUUGAAGGAACAACUGGUACACCAUCAUUGGCAACGAUUAUGGUGGUUGAUGUUCUUUUUCUCCUGAUUUGGGUAUUCCUCUAUGGUCCCCUGCAGGAAUUCAUUUUACAAUUUGCACAAUCUGUGAUCGCAUUGACCUUGGGAGGAGGUAUCAGUGGUAAAGAGGCUGGUAUGAGAAAUGUGUUUCUUUGCUGUGGUUACAUAGGGCUCUCGCAUUAUGCCUCAAUUAGCAAUGUUAAAUCUAUCGGCCUUCGAGCAUUACUCUCAUCUCCACGGAUAUUUUUGGGACCGUUCGACCUUGACGAUCCCCUCGAAUCGAUUCCACUACACAGCGCAAACUGGAAAGACCGAAUACCAUCUUGGGCUCGAAAUAUCCUUGCGGUUCACAUCCUUGCACAAGGAGUAGUACGGUAUAUUCGAGAUUUAUAUGUGAGAGAAAAACGCGAUCAUGCAGCAUCUACUUUGGGUGAUCCUGAAGCAGCGAAGGGAUCCGCAGAUGGAGCCAAUGAUUCUUCUAGCACAAACUCACAAACACCAGAUAACGAAGCUACAACUUCAUUACAUGCUAGUCAUACAGCCAUUACAACCAGGAAAAAGAGAAAACAGAGCGCACAAGUCCGUAUACAGCAGCCCUUGUGGGCAGCUUUAGCAAGUACAAAAAUUGUCAUGGUUAAGGAGUAUGAGACGUCACACGCCGCUGCGGAAUCGGCGGGUACAAAUGCAACAGAUGCUAGUAACCUCGGAAAUGCACCUUUUAGUACCGAACCGGAUCGAAUAUGGAUCACGAAUGUUGGGUCUGAUGCGGUUUUAUUCAGUACCAGUUACUUCCCCAAACAUAAAAUUUCCGAGGCGAAUCAAGAGGAUGCAGAGGGAUCAGUUGUAGAUUCGAGAAUGCCCCUCUUUGUUAGGGUCAAUCAAGCUCAUUGGCAACCUACGAGGAUGGAGGCCAGCAUUGAUUCUAGCUUACCUGCUGGACAAAACACGUGUUGGGAUGGAGAGAUCUUUGGGCUUGCGCCUUCGAGCAGCUAUCAAAUCGAAUUUUUCAGUGCCUUCAACAGCAAAGUCAUUUUUUGUACCAGCGUCAAAACACUUAACACUCCUUCGGAUACUACAGCUACCGCCUCACUUUCACCUCUUCCUUCUCAAAUCUCAGGACGUCCGGGAUCACCAAGUACCACUAUUAAACAAUCCAUUAUUGCAUCGGAGACCAAACUCGUCGAAGAACGCAGCCGCCAGAAACGCGAACGCAAAGACCAACGUACAAAACUCAGUACACUUCGUAAAGAUAUUGAGAAGCUCACUAGUAUCAUCACCUCAUCAGGUGGUAAUGAUGACCGCCAACGUCAAAAGAUUCAACAAAUCAAUCUUCACAUCAAACAAGCAGAUGAUGCCAUCGCUUCCAUCCAAGCUGAGAUUGAUGUCGCCGAUCGCUUACCCUCCGCCUCAAGAGAUUCCGAUUACAUUUCUGCAAAGCAAAGGUAUCGAAUACAGAAAGAUCUUUAUGAGAAAUCCAAGUCCGACUUCAACACCAAGAAGAAGGAGAACGAAAAGCCAAUCGCAGCUUUGAGCGCUGAACUUCUCAACAGGGAACGUCAAUCCGAAAAACUGGAAGCCCGAUCCAUCAAACUCACCCAUCAAACAGAUGAUCUUCGCGAAGCUAACACCAAAGGAUUGAAUGAAGUUCAACGCAAGGAAAAGCAGCGGAUGGAUAAAGAUGAGGAAAGGAAAGUGGUCGAAACGGUUUGGGCUGAGCAUAAUGUGAACGCGCAACUCAAUUCUCAACAAAUUACCGACGCCCUCAGUACUCUUUACCCAUGCAUCGAACAAAUGAGCCUCGCAUUACAGCAGCAACAACAUCAACAAGAAAGAAAUCAAGCAUACGCCAAUGCUAGCCCCUGGACAACCGCCGGUGAAAGCUCAAUGUCUGGGUUUCCCGCAUACGCUCCAAUUUCAAAUAUGCAAGCUAUGCCUCCAAUUGGCAGUUCAAUGUCAAUGUCACAAACCACAAGACCAAGAGGUAGAAGCUCAAGCAUGUUAAGUAAUGAGAGUGGUUUUACCCAAGGUCCCGACUCCGAUGAAGAACAUACCCUAUUCUAUGGUCCUCAUCUUCAAUCUCAAUCCCAACCUCAUUCUCAUUCACAAUCUCAAUCUCAUUCACAAUCUCAAUCUCAUUCACAAUCUCAUUCACAAUCUCAUUCUCAAUCCCAAUAUUCUCCUUACAACCCCAAUCAAUCACCAAGUCCCUUUGCUCCAUUUCGCAAUACAAAUUCAUCUCAAUUCCAACAAAACGAAUCAUUAGGCUGGCCUCCUGCUCGUAAGGGCUCUGGAUCAGGCGAUGGAUCGGGUUCAAGAAGUGGAAGUUCGAGGGGUAGUAUUGGGGAUCCGAAAAGUCCGGCUCAAGGGCAUGCUCAGUUACCGCUGCCGAUUGGGGCCGGGUCAGGGUUUGGGAGUGGAAAUCUGAGGGAUGCGGUAUUGCACUGGGGAAUAUUCGUGUCAUCAACAGCGCCAAAGGGGCAGUAUUACCAUGCAACCAACAAAUCCGGCGGAUGGGCACAAGAAGUCAGACCAGUUGUCAAUGCUCUAUCCUCCAUGGGUCUCGUCCUCGUCUACAGAAUUGGCUCUGUAUCCUCUCAAUCGGCUUUAGACAAAGUCUUGCGAGCUGUACCAGCAGAUGGCCUGCCGUCUAUGCGUUCCGGUGAAGGUUUCUGUUGCCGCAAUUGGAUGAAGGAUGCCCUUGUGGCGCUUCAAGAUAAUGGUGGAAGGUUAAAGAGAGAAGAGAGGAGGGCCUUACAAAUGUUCCACGAAUACCUCGGGUAUGGAGAUUCAUUAUUAGCGAAGACAACUUUGACCAAAGCAUCUUUAACUAUAAACUCAAUUCAAAUUCAACUCAACUCAGUUCAACUCAAUUCAACAAUUCCAUCAUCCCACAUUCAAUUUUACAUCGCUUUGUCUUGUUUUGUAGCUCUGAGAGCUAUGAAAAGCGAAAAAUAUCGUGCUCUAAUAAUUGCUCGAAAUGCGAAACUUGUACACCCUGGCCUCCAAUUAAUUGAGGCAUUCCUCGACGACGCCAUAGAUGGCGACCAGGCUGCAAGAUACCUACUGCAAACAUACACCGACGACCGGGGCGAUGUAGACUUUACACGAUUUCUUAAAGACUUGAAAGACCUGUUGCGCAACGAGACGGAUACCAGUGUUGCCUGGCCGGAGUGCGAUGUCGGUUCUGGGGCAUUUGGAAUGUGUUUCCCAUAA